GGGCCAGAGGGGCUGCAGCCUCCCCACCUCUGCUUAAAUAGGCAGCUUUCCACCCAGAGCCUCUCAGAGCCCAGCGCUGGUGCCACCACCCACGCCGCAGCUCACUUGCUGCCCAGGACGCCCGCCCCUUCCUCCUGGACCCGCAGCGAGAGGCUCGUCCCCGGCUCUUCCUCCAGCCAAAGCAUGAGCAGCCUGGAGCUGGCCUCCCCAAGUCUGACCGCCAACUCCUCCCUGGCUGCCACAGAGCAAUGUGGCCAGGAGACGCCGCUGGAGAACGUGCUGUUCGCCUCCUUCUACCUCCUGGAUUUCAUCCUGGCGUUUGUUGGCAACGCCCUGGCCCUGUGGCUCUUCAUCCGGGACCACAAGUCAGGCACCCCGGCCAACGUGUUCCUUCUGCACCUGGCUGUGGCCGACUUGUCCUGCGUGCUGGUCCUGCCCACCCGCCUCGUCUACCACUUCUCCGGGAACCACUGGCCAUUCGGGGAAAUCCCAUGCCGACUCACUGGCUUCCUCUUCUACCUCAACAUGUACGCCAGCAUCUACUUCCUCACCUGCAUCAGCGCUGACCGCUUCCUGGCCAUCGUGCACCCGGUCAAGUCCCUCAAGCUCCGUCGGCCCCUCUACGCUCACCUGGCCUGUGCCUUCCUGUGGGUGGUGGUGGCUGUGGCCAUGGCCCCGCUGCUGGUGAGCCCGCAGACGGUGCAGACCAACCACACAGUUGUCUGCCUGCAGCUGUACCGGGAGAAGGCUUCCCACCACGCCCUCGUGUCCCUGGCUGUGGCCUUCACCUUCCCAUUUGUCACCACGGUCACCUGCUACCUGCUGAUCAUCCGCAGCCUGCGGCAGGGCCCCCGCGUGGAGAAGCGUCUCAAGAACAAAGCCGUCCGCAUGACCGCCAUGGUGCUUGCCAUCUUCCUGGUCUGCUUCGUGCCCUACCAUGUCAACCGCUCGGUCUACGUGCUGCACUACCGCGGUGGCGGGACCUCCUGCGCCACGCAGCGUGUCCUGGCCCUGGGGAACCGCAUCACCUCCUGCCUCACCAGCCUCAACGGGGCCCUCGACCCGGUCAUGUACUUCUUCGUGGCCGAGAAGUUCCGCCACGCCCUGUGCAACUUGCUCUGUGGCAGGAGGCUCACGGGCCCACCCCCCAGCCUCGAAGGGAAAACCAACGAGAGCUCGCUGAGCGCCAGGUCCGAGCUGUGAGCAGCAGGAGCCACCCUGGAGGGCCCAGACUGCCUGGAAAGGACGACUCGCCAGGGUGCCUGCCACCCAGACUGGACAAGGGCGGUUUGCCUUCCCCCAGCCUCCUGAGCAAUAACCUGAGAUCGCAGUGGCCCUACCCCUCCCUCCAAGCUCUGACUCCCAGGUUGCCCAGUGCUGUGCUCAGUCUCCACCAAUGUGCAAACCCUACAAAGGGAGACCUAACAGCAGGGAUCAACAGGCACCCUCUGCAGACACCACAUGGGCCCUGCUUACCAAGGCUCCUAGAGACACAGUGACCUCACCCGGGGUAAGGGGGAACAAGGAGGCCAGAGGAACAAUUCCUGAACAAUGAGGGUCUUUCUUUCCCCGAGAGACUCCCAGUCUCCUUCCCACUAUGGGAAAGCACAGUGGCAAACUCUGCAGAAAGACCCGGAAGGCAGGCUGCCAGUGAUCCAGAAGAGACACGCCUGAAUCUUGGUGGAGGGGUGGAGGGGGAGCUGUCUAAAGAUUUCCUUUAAAGUGCAAGGUGCUUUGAGUUCCCUUUGUGGCAUCUUUGCCAGAGAAUCACUGAUGAAUUUAAAGGACAUGGACUAUAAAUUACAGCUGACGGCUGUGAGUACAUUACAGGCUGGUUGCACCAGCAGGGACACAUCAGCUCAGCUCUGGUCCCUCCUGCUAUAAACCCACACAGACCUGCGUGUGGCCUGACAAUCCCAAGGGCUUCUCAGCAGGUGCCCAGGCCCUCCCAAGCCAUGGUCAAGCACCCGGUGUGGGUGGACAGCCACAGGAGCCAACUUCAGGCUGGAGCCAGGUGUGUGAACCUGUCUCUCACUAACCCAGAGCAGGCAGAGGUGUCCUGGGCCCCACUCCCUCCCGAGAGGCCUCCACCAGCCCUGCCAGCCCAGCUGUGAGCUGAUUCUCUUGACAGCGUGAGUGUAUCAGCCUAACACGCCCUUUUUUUGUUAUUGUUUGUACUGAUCAUAAGCAUAACUGUAGCUUUAAGACUACAGAGGUUAUUGUGUUUCAUCAAUGUAACAUCCUUUCCAGAA